UGCGAGCUUCGCACGCACGCAUACUCUUCUUCGUCUUCGUCUUCGUCGUCUUCUUCGUGGCUUCGAAGGGAAGAGAGAGAGAGAGAGAGAGAGAGAGAGAGAGAGAUGGAUAGUAGGAAGGUCGUAGUGUGCGACAAUGGUACCGGGUAUGUGAAGUGUGGGUUUGCUGGUGAGAACUUUCCUACAUCAGUCUUUCCAUGUGUCGUUGGAAGGCCGUUGCUUCGCUAUGAGGAGUCGCUUCAGGAGCAAGAACUCACGGAUAUUGUUGUAGGAGCAGCUUGUGCAGAACUGCGGCACCAACUAGAUAUUUCUUAUCCUGUAAAUAAUGGAAUCGUGCAGAAUUGGGAUGAUAUGGGCCAUGUCUGGGAUCAUGCAUUUUAUAGUGAACUUAAGGUAGACCCAACUGAGUGCAAAAUAUUACUUACAGAUCCACCCCUCAAUCCUGUGAAAAACCGUGAAAAAAUGGUUGAAACUAUGUUUGAAAAGUACAACUUUUCUGGAGUCUUUAUUCAAAUCCAAGCUGUUCUUACAUUAUAUGCUCAAGGCUUGCUAACUGGCCUUGUUAUUGACUCUGGAGAUGGUGUCACUCAUGUGGUGCCGGUGGUUGAUGGUUACUCAUAUCCACAUCUUACAAAACGAAUGAAUGUAGCUGGCCGGCACAUAACAUCAUAUCUUGUUGACCUACUCUCUCGAAGAGGGUACGCCAUGAAUAAAUCUGCAGAUUUUGAAACUGUGAGGGAAAUAAAGGAGAAGUUAUGUUACAUCAGCUAUGACUACAAACGCGAGUAUCAACUUGGUUUAGAAACCACAAUUCUUGUUAAAAGUUAUACUCUGCCAGAUGGAAGAGUCAUUAAAGUUGGCACCGAAAGGUUUCAAGCCCCUGAGGCUCUUUUUACUCCUGAACUCAUAGAUGUUGAGGGAGAUGGAAUGGCCGACAUGGCAUUUCGCUGCAUACAGGAAAUGGACAUCGACAACCGGAUGAUGCUUUACCAACAUAUCGUUCUUAGCGGAGGAAGUACCAUGUAUCCUGGAUUGCCAAGUCGCCUGGAGAAGGAAAUUCUUGACCGAUAUCUUGACGUGGUGCUGAAAGGGAACAAGGAUGGGUUAAAGAAGUUAAGGCUACGAAUCGAGGACCCUCCGCGACGAAAGCACAUGGUCUACUUGGGAGGGGCAGUUCUUGCUGGAAUAAUGAAGGAUGCACCCGAGUUCUGGAUUACAAAGCAAGAGUACCAAGAAGAGGGAAUCGCCUGUUUAACAAAAUGCGGUCAAGCAUAGAUAUCACGGAGCGAGGUAUGGUAUUAUUGUAUAGUACAGUAUUAAUCGACGAUAUGGUAGGUCGCAGAUGGUGCAGAGAAUUGUGGAGCGAGGAAACUAACAGCGAUGAACAACACAUCAUCAAUAUAAUCUUCCAAGUCUCAGAUGAUAAAUCGUUUUUGUAAAUUCGCUCUUUCGUGCGGUGUGAUUUACAGAGUUUUCCUAUAACUUUUCUGCUUGGUGAAUAUUCUCCGCGCAAUGCUCGGCGAGUUUAAGGAAAAUGUAGGGUAAAAGAAAAAGGAGGAAAAUGGAAGUGCGCUGUGCUUGUAAUUUUUAGUCCUAAUUGUUCAGUCCAAUUGUUUGGUUCACCAGAUCUUCAA